CUACAUUUUGUCGUGGAUGAUGAUAAGUGUUUAACGAAGAAUCAAAAGGCUGAACCGUAGUCCCCUGAGUUCUCAGUAAACAAUAUGGCUAAAGCUCGUAAAAUACCAAAUGCCACCAAAGAGGAACUCAUGAUUUUAACCGUGAGUGAAAUAAUCUCACACCUUUUAAAAUCUAUUGAAGAGAAACGUGAUGUUGAUUUAAAUAAAUUGAAGUCAGCAAUAUCUAGUAAAUAUGGCUUAGCCUCACAACCACGUCUGGUUGAUUUAAUCGCAGCUGUACCAACAGAACAUAGACAUGUGCUGUUGCCACAUCUGAAAGCGAAACCAGUUAGAUCAGCUAGUGGGAUUGUAGUUAUAGCAGUUAUGUGUAAACCUCAUCGAUGUCCUCAUAUAGCUGUGACCGGGAAUGUUUGUGUCUAUUGUCCAGGUGGACCAGAUUCUGAUUUUGAAUACUCUACACAAUCUUAUACUGGAUAUGAGCCCACUUCCAUGCGUGCUAUUCGAGCUCGUUACAAUCCCUUUAUUCAAACACGGCAUCGAAUUGAACAACUUCAACAACUCGGACAUACAUGUGAUAAGGUCGAAUUUAUUGUUAUGGGGGGAACGUUUAUGUGUCUUUCUGAAGACUAUCGGGAUUAUUUCAUUAGAAGCUUACACGAUGCACUAUCUGGACAUACAAGCCAAAACGUUGACGAGGCUGUUAUUUAUUCUGAACGAAGUAGAACAAAAUGUGUUGGAAUCACCAUUGAAACACGUCCUGAUUAUUGUUUAAAAAAACAUUUAAGUGAAAUGUUACGUUAUGGUUGUACACGGUUAGAGAUUGGUGUUCAAAGUGUUUAUGAAGAUGUUGCCAGAGAUACAAAUAGAGGUCAUACUGUUAAAGCUGUUUGUGAAUCAUUUCAUUUAUCUAAAGAUGCUGGAUUUAAAGUUGUUUCACAUAUGAUGCCUGAUUUACCAAAUGUUGGCUGGGAACGUGAUUUAGCACAAUUUGCUGAAUAUUUUGAAAAUCCAGCUUUUCGUUCAGAUGGAUUAAAAAUUUAUCCAACACUUGUUAUACGUGGUACAGGUUUAUAUGAAUUAUGGCGUACUGGUCGAUAUAAAAGUUAUCCACCCGGUAUGCUGAUUGAUUUGAUUGCUCGAAUAUUAGCGUUAGUCCCACCAUGGACUAGAAUUUAUCGUAUUCAAAGAGAUAUUCCUAUGCCAUUAGUAACUAGUGGUGUGGAACAUGGUAAUUUACGUGAACUUGUAUUAGCUCGAAUGGAAGAACUAGGUGCUAGUUGUCGUGAUGUUCGAACACGUGAAGUCGGCAUACAAGAAAUACAUUCACGUGUAAAACCAUAUCAGGUUGAACUUGUUCGUAGAGAUUAUGUUGCAAAUGGUGGUUGGGAGACAUUUUUAGCCUAUGAGGAUCCAUAUCAAGACAUAUUGAUCGGUUUAUUACGUUUAAGAAAGUGUUCACUGCAAACAUUUAGACCAGAAUUAAUCGCUACAAAACGUAAUAAUAGUGGUGAUGAUGAUGACGAUGUUCAAGGUAAUAAAGAUCCUCGUUGUUCCAUUGUACGUGAAUUACAUGUAUAUGGUAGUGCUGUUCCAGUGGCUGCUAGGGAUCCCACAAAGUUUCAACAUCAAGGUUUUGGAACUUUACUAAUGGAAGAAGCAGAACGUAUAGCUAAAUAUGAACAUGGUUCAUUGAAGAUUGCAGUUAUAUCCGGUGUGGGGACUAGAAACUACUAUCGAAAAUUGGGUUAUGAAUUGGAAGGUCCAUAUAUGAUCAAGUUUUUAUAAUGCACAUUUUUAACUAACUUGACAUACACUGACAAUAUUUCAUCCCCCCCAUUGAUUUUAUGUACAUUUUUUCUACUCCCAAUAAUCACCCUCUAAUAAUCAUUUAUUACUAAUUUAUGAUCGAUUCGAUUUGUAUUUUUAGAAAAGGCUUCUGAGUAUGAUUAGACUUUACGAACGAUCAUUGGUGAUAAUUUAAUAGUUAUUUGGUACCUGUACGUACAAAACACUUAUACUAGGUAUAAUGAUGGCAACAGUUAAUACAGUGUCAUAAAUGACAUGUUUUAAUAUCUCAUUUUUGGUAUAAGUUCCUGUGUGACUAAUUGAAUUUAGAUUGAAAACAACAAUAUAAUCAAUGAAUGUGGAUGAAUUC